AUGUCUGACGAGCGCUCCUCUGGCCAGCCGGCUGCCGAAACCGCCGACUACGUUACAAAGGGGCAAGAGUCUAUCCCCGUGCAGAAUGAUGACGCACCGGUAGAGGACCCUAUCGAUGAGGCAGAGGCGGACACGGACAAGCAACUUGAACAAGAUGAUGAGGAGGCAAUUAGCGAGUCGAAUAUCUUGGACGAGAGGACAAGAGGCGCCAAGCCUGAUGCAGGAUCCUACGAAGAGCCUAGCGACACCGUGCCAGAAUUGGAGAAUUAG